AUGAGUACAACUAAGAUCAAACGGAGAGUCGGUAAAUAUGAGCUGGGACGCACGAUCGGGGAAGGAACAUUUGCCAAGGUCAAGUUUGCAAGGAAUAUCAAAACUGGAGAACCCGUUGCCAUCAAGAUUCAUGACAAGGAGAAAGUUCUCAAACACAAAUUAGUCGAACAGAUCAAGCGAGAAGUAGCUACUAUGAAGUUAAUAAAGCAUCCUAAUGUUGUUCGCAUCUAUGAGGUGAUGGGAAGCAAAUCGAAGAUUUUCAUUAUACUAGAAUUUGCUACAAGGGGAGAGCUUUUCAACAAAAUAGUAAACCAUGGUCGUAUGAGGGAAGAUGAAGCACGAAGAUAUUUCCAACAACUUAUCAAUGCGGUUGAUUACUAUCAUAGCAGGGGAGUUUACCAUCGCGAUCUGAAACCAGAAAACUUACUACUCGAUGCUUACGGUAACCUGAAAGUUUUAGACUUUGGAUUAAGUGCAUUAUCACAGCAAGUCAGGGAUGAUGGCUUACUUCAUACCACUUGUGGCACUCCAAAUUAUGUUGCUCCAGAGGUUCUCAAUGAUAGAGGCUAUGACGGAGCAACUGCAGAUUUAUGGUCUUGUGGAGUCAUCCUAUUUGUGCUGCUUGCAGGUUACUUGCCCUUUGAGGAUUCUAAUAUUAUCACCUUGUACAAGAAAAGAACUGAUUCUUCAACCCAUUCACCUACCAAUAGGAUUGGACAAGUUUCACAUAGUGUUGUUCUAGGAAUUGUUAAUAUUUCUGAUCAAAGAGAAGUUUAUCUACAAUAUGCUUUAUCCUUUUUAAAGGUUGGUGUAGUUCUGCUAUCUCUAGGAGCUGGAAUUUUAUCUCCUGCUGGUGCUAACAACACCCCACUUGUUUGCUGUGUUGAGUAUAUCAUUUUAGAGAGGGAUAAAUUUUCGUCUUUGUUUCCAAAUGCAUAG